AUGGGUGAUGUGAAUUUGGAUCAUGUUGGAAGUCCUGAAACCAGCAGAACAGCGAUGGAUGAAGUAAAUUUAGCGCUAAAGGAAUGCGGUUUUGGGAGGUUCCAUAUUAGGUUAUUAUUUGCAUCAUUCCUGGGGCAUACGGCGGGAGUUGUUAUAUCGUCUACCACCCCAUAUAUAUUGCCUGUUGCUGAGUGCGAUCUAGAUAUGGGCUUGUUGGAAAAAGGAAUUUUAAACGCUAUGCCGUAUGUUGGAAUGAUAGCUUCGUGCUUGGUGGCCGGGUUUCUAACGGAUACUUUUGGACGGAAGAAGUUUUUACUGAUUGGUUUUGGAGGCCUCUUUAUAUUUUCCAUUACCUCAGCUCUCAGUCAAACAUACAAUAUUUUGGUGACGUCGAAAUUUUUCGAAGGUUUUCUAUUCGCCAUGUCAUUUAGUCCACUUUUGGCGCUUUCGUCUGAGUUGUGCCACACAGGGAUCAGGGACCGGAUUAUGCUGGUUCAAUCCUCUUUUGUGGCUAUUGGACAAGUUGUUCUUGCGUUUGUUAGUUGGGGUAUACUAACCAACGAUUGGACAGAUUCGUAUUUCAACGGAGUGUUUGUUCUCCACACUUGGAACUUUUAUCUCUUGAUUGUAUCAUCUUGGUCGCUGUUCGCAACGGUUUUUUAUGCAUUUAUUCCGGAAAGUCCCAAAUAUUUGGUAACUCGGCACAAAUACGAGGAAGCCAGGACUGUGCUCAUUCAACUGUACACAGAAAAUACGGGGAGAGCUGUGGAAACUUUUAAGUAUGCUAAUUUGUGGAAAGAUAAAACGAAACAAGUUUUUGAAAUUGAAGAAAGCAAAAUGAGUACGAGAGAGAAAUUGUCUGCGGGUUUGGAAAACAUCAGGCCAAUAUUUCAAAAACCCUUGUUGCUUUAUCUUCUUUUCUUUUGUUCAAUCAACUUUUUUACAAUGCAGCAAUACAACGUUCUUAGACUGUGGUUUCCUCAGCUGUCAGCGAUCGUGGAACAUUAUCGUCACGAUGACUCAGAGGACUUCUGUUAUAUGUUAGACGCGUAUACAUUAGAUCUGAGUUUGCUAGUGAAUAAACUGGGUAAAAAGAAUCUACUUAUAAUCUGUGGCUUGAUAUCCACGGGCUGCACGGUUGGGUUGCGAUGGGCGGCGUCUAAAACAGAGCUGGUAUCAUUAUUCUCUAUUGACGUAUCGGCUGCCAGGGCAAUGAUAAGUCUGACUCAGGCUAUGGUACUGGAGUAUUUCCCAACUAGUGGCAGGUCGCUAGCAAUGAGUUUCAUAAUGAUGGCGGGUCGCACUGGGACCUUAUUUGGGAAUGUCAUGUUUCCAAUAUUGUUGAACAUAGGAUGUGUUGUACCACUAUUUUCUUUAGCAGGCCUUUUAUUCGGUAUUACUUCACUGGCAUUGUUUUUACCAGCCAAGAAUAAAAAUGAUACUUGA